AUGGAGGUUGUGAAGAAGGAAGUCACUAAGUUGCUACAAGCUGGUAUUAUAUAUCCUAUUUCUGAUUGCACUUGGGUGAGUCUUGUACAUGUAGUCCCCAAGAAAUCUGGUAUCACUGUGGUCAAGAAUGAGAAGAACAAGUUGAUUCUUACUCGUGUUCUGAAUAGUUGGAGGGUCUGUAUUGAUUAUAGAAAAAGCACCGACAGUAGCGGAAGCCAUAACCACCACUGCGAAGACGAAACAACACCAGAUUUUGCACUUCACCUGGUCGGAGAAGAAGACCCUACUAGAAAACGCACCAGCUGCCGUCAGCCGUGCAGCUACCAAGGGAAAAGAGUGUGA